AUGUGCCGAACUACCGUGCGCGAGGGGAGCAUCACUACCGGGUCCCCUUCAAGGACAAAUCCCACCUCGUUGGUGUCAGGCCACAUCCGGAAUGGACGAAGGUGCCGGAGCAUCGCACCCUCACCGAGCUUAAGGCCAAGAGACGUGCAGACCGGCUACCGGACGCAACCUUUGACAUCGAUGGAGAUGGCGUAG